AUGAGUUAAGGUAGAGCCGCAGUUUAACACUGAAGACACGUCCAUUAGAAAUCUCAACCAUCAAAAUGCGGUUUGAAUUUCUUUUUUCACUGAUCUUCAGCAUCGUCGUCAUCUCGUUCGUCAACGGCAAUCAGGGCACCACGGAAGCCAAUAGUUCCCGACUCUUCGUCUACAAUGGCAGUUUCUCGUUCACGACAUUUACGGUUCUCAAGGCGAGUACCACCGUCACUUCCACAUUGACCAGUACCACCACUUGCACCACUUCAACAGCCGCCCUGACUACCUGCACCAUCGGUCGUCGUCGACGUGGUCUCUUUUACGACGACGCCGCAGCACAGGGCCGCAAUCGACGUGGUCUCUUCUACAACGAUGAAGAAGUCGAGAACAAGAAGGGCAGCUCCCUUCUUCCUGCUGUCACAGGAUCAAAGAAUCCCGUUGAUGAGGUUCAGUCUAAAUCAAGUGACAACCUCUCGGCGAUCCCGUUGAUUGUUGAGUCUGGUUACGAAUUGCCAAAAGAUAGCCCAGUGAAUCGAUUUUUGGUAUCGUUCGGGACGUCUACACUCACAUCUUACACCGUCACUAUGUCAACCAUAAGCUUGACGGCAUUUUGCAGCAGCACCACCGGUUUUUCGCUUUGCGGUACUCCAUGAAAAUAGGCGACACAUUUUUAACUGUUUGCAAUGUAUAAACAAAUGAACUGCGGCACAGCGGGUGGUUUUAUUUUUUUAAUAUGAUAGAGGUACAACACAGCUUAACAUUUAUGUCGGGAAAAUACAAUCACAAAAUUCUAGACUCAAA